AUGUUUCCGCCCCGCAAUAAAAGUGUUGGUGUCUUAGUAAAUAAAGCAUUUACAAACCUCAGAAAAGCCAAGGGCUCAAAAGAUGGUAUUCUAGAUAACCAUAUGCGCCUUGACUACCACAAAGAUGCCCUGAUUGCUGCAGAAAUAGCCAAACAGAAUUCGAGUAAACCCUCACAACAGGUGGAUUGUAUCUUAGACCGGAAAAGAAAACAACUGUUUGAAGAUAACUUGCAUAUUUUGAAAUGCAUUGUUGAUGCAGUUGUUUUUUGUGGAAAACAGAAUAUUGCGCUUAGAGGACAUCGAGAUGACAGUAGUAAUACAGCUUCUAAUCGUGGCAAUUUCUUAGCAACUCUUGAUCUCAUGGCGAAAAGUGAUAAAAUUCUGCACACUCAUUUAGAAAGAGGACAACAAACAUCGAAAUACACCAGCAAAACUAUACAAAAUGAAAUUGUAGUCCUUAUCGGAGAUUUUAUUCGACACCACCUAACAUUAGGCAUUAAAGCUGGAUCACCUAGUCCAUUCUUUUCCAUAAUGGCAGAUGAGGUUACUGACACAUUUGGCAAUCAGGAAAUCCUAUCUCUUUGUUUGAGAUUUUUGCAAACAAAUGACGUAAAUAAUGUUGAAAUUAUCGAAGCAUUCUUCAAUUACUCGUUUUUGAAACGCACCACAGGUAAAGCAAUAUCUGAAAGCAUCCUUGAUAUUUUGCGGGCAAACGAACUAAACAUUGAUAACUUACGUGGGCAAGCUUAUGAUGGUGCAUCAGCCAUGUCUAGUGAGGUCAAUGGUGUAAAUGGGAGAAUUCGAAAUGUUGCUCCGAAAGCUCUAUACACACAUUGUAACAGUCACGUUCUAAACCUUUCGAUCGCAGCUUCGUGCAAGAUGACGCCUGUUAGAAACAUGAUAGGUUCAUUAAAUGAAAUAUACUUAUUAUUUCACAAUUCUCCGAAACGACAACGUUUUUUUGAACAGGUACUUGCUAAACUAAAAUGUGAAAGUACCAAAAAGAAACUUCUUGGUUUAUGUAAAACCAGAUGGGUGGAACGCCACAGUUGCUACGACACAUUCCAUGAGCUGUACUCAGAACUGACGACAUGCCUGGAUGCUAUUGUUAAUCCUGCACUAUAUCCUGACAUAUAUGGUGAAGAAAAUUGGUUGUGGGAUGCCAACACGAGAACCACAGCUCAGGGAUUGUUAACAACCAUCAAGUCAUUCCCAUUUAUAAUGGCAUUCUUGACCAUCAAAAGUUGUCUUCUGUCUGUCAUGCCUAUAGCGAAGCUUCUGCAGUGCAGUGAUCUAGAUUGCUAUGAAGCCUACAAUCUCAUUGGUCAGUCGGUUACUGACUUGAAAUCGAAUAGAAGCAACAUCGAUGGCAUAUUCAAAGAUUGGUACGGUGAGGCUGUCAAACUCUCCGAAGACAUAGGUGGAUAUGUCACAAUGUCACGUGUAGGUGGUAGAUUUCAGCAACAUCGUGACAACAUUCCAAGUUCCACUACAGAGCAAUACUUCAGGAACUCGAUAGCUAUUCCCUUUUUAGACCACCUUAUCACAGAGAUGGAAAGUAGGUUUUCAGAGGAUGCCUGUAAGUGUCGUCAUUUGUUUGGCCUUAUUCCCAAAUUGAUUGUCAAAACCAGUGACAUAGAAUUGUUACAUACAGAUCUGCAGUUCUGGAAAACUGACCUACCAACACCACUUAACCUCAAAUCAGAACUAGGUAGCUGGAAAAAGAUGUGGACAUCUAUUGGCAAUGAAUCCUCCUCAACAGAUUCUACGAAUAUGAGUUUCCAGGAAUCAGUGAUGCAGUGGUCAAGAAACAGGAAAUGUUCAACAGAUCCUGUUCCAGAUUCGUUGUUGCAGUCAUACCGAGCAUGUAACGAGGCAGUCUUUCCCAACGUGAAAGUAUUGCUUGCCAUUGCCUGUGUAAUGCCUGUUGGUAGUGCAUCGGCAGAACGUUCGUUUUCUGCACUACGGCGUGUCAAAACCUUCUUACGAAAUACCAUGGGAGAAGACAGACUAGCAGGACUUGCCUUGAUGCAUAUUCAUCAUUCUAUGAAAAUUGACAUUUCUGAAAUCAUUAGCAUGUUCUUACGAAAGCAUCGUCUCAGAAUGUUUCAAGAAUCCAUCAUGGCAAUUGUGUGA